CUUAAACUUCAACAUGGAUACAACAAAGCAUACCUAUACAAUAGACAAAAAACAGAAAGCUCUAAAUGCAGCUGUGGAUAUACACAAACACCUUAACACCUACUGCUUAGCUGUAGAAACUACAGAGAAGCAAGAAAAAAAAAUAAAGAGCAGCCUACAGGAGACAAGACUUACAAUGUCUCUUCUCCUAGACACAAACAGAGGAAUCUAAGCUACACUAGCUUUUAUUCAAGAAACUAAAGUAGGCACACGCAAGUGGUACCUACAGCAAACAACAGACAACUAAUUUCCUUUGUUUAUAAC